AUGCAAAGACCCACGAUCCUAAACACACCAACGCUCUCCUCCUUCAACGUUCCAUCCUUUGAUCUCUCCAAACGAAGAGUAGAAAAGGGACUAGUCAAUCCCGAAAAGAUGGAACAUGGCACUCCUUUCAAUGAUCACUCAUUACAAGCAAUACCUGCGAAUAAUUUUGAAAAUAAUUCUUACAUGAUGAUGACGAUGCCAAGUUUCCAAGAGGCUUCCUUCCGGAGAGAUCGUUAUCAAAAAAUUGCAGAAAUUCAGAACUUUAAUGCCUCGGGUGUCGGAUCCACAAAUUCUUAUUUAUGGCCCUCUUUUGUAAAGUUCUUUCAAGCUAGAGAUUUUAAAAUGGGAGAAUACAAAACCAUCAUUGAGGUUGAUUGUAGAAAAGCAGAAAAUCCAUCCUCCUUUCUCAUGUACUUUAUGUCACAAUUUAACAUGUAUUCUCACAAAAACUUAAUCCCAAUUUUAGAUACCUACAUGACCAAAACAUCAUGUUGUUUUGUGACACCAUUUUAUCCACAAGGAAAUUUAUUAAGAUUGGUCAAAACAAGAUUGGAAAAACAAAAAUUCCUGAAAAGUCAAACCAUUUUGAAAUAUUUCUCACAACUAUUGGAUGCACUCUCCUAUCUUCAUAACACUUUAAACACGACUAUGUAUGGAUGCAUUUCUUUGGAGAAUAUAUUUCUGGAUGAAACAUUGGAAAAUGUUUUUUUGGGAUAUGUUGGAAUUCACAUUCACACCAUGAAUCUCUAUCUCAAUACAUUUUUCAAACAAGCAGAAUCCUCCUUGUUGGAAGUUGCUAACCUCGUUUCAAAACCAAAGCAAGAAGAAGAUGCACAAGAUUUAUUUUCUUACAAUGUGGAUCAUGAAAUUAAAUCACUCUUUGGAAAUACUCAACCAACUAACACCAUGAAUGUUAGACCCAAUCAGAAUGAAAUGAAUGGAUGGAAGUUGCUUGAUAUUUAUGCACUGGGUGUUGUCAUGUUUCAAAUCAUGUCACUCACGAUGGAAAUGAGUUCAGAAGAUCCUCUUUCACAAGAUCUAGAAAAGAAUUCACUCCAAUUUUCACACACCUACCAACUCAUCAAGACACUUCAACAACAGCAAAACUUUUCAGACGAAGAGCUCUCUUAUUGGAAGGAAUACAUUCGAAACAAAGUGGGCAGAAUUUACCAUAACCGAAAUUUGGCCAAUCUCAUCAUUGACAUGCUCAACAUUGGUCAAAGCAGAUUGACUGCAGACCAAUGCGCUAGACAACUCCUAAAUGUACAACCAGAAGAGGACGAUGAUGACGAAAACACUCCCUAA